AUCGCUUUUCCGCCUCUCGUUCCUCAAUCCUCAUCCUCAUAUGCAUUCCACACCCAUCACCUGUUCGAUCUCCUGUCCGUGAGAGCUCCGCCGAGGAGUGAUGCCCCUUGCCGUCCUCUCCCCUCCUCCUUCCGCAUCCGCAGCCGCCUUUUCUCCCCGCUCCCUCCACGGUCCCCGACCCUCCGCCUCCCAUCGCCUCCUCCUACUACUCGGCCGAUGGACCUCGCCUCUCGUCGCCGCAAGCCCUAACCCUAGCUCCUCAUUCGCCGCGAGAGCUUAUUCCGACGGGAAGGACGGCGACGCCAGGGGCACGGAGGAGUCGAGCCCAAGCCUACUGAGCGAGGAGUUGCUUAGGCGGGUCUCCGCCGCUAAGGACGCUGAUCAAGCUUUAGAUAUCGUAGCGGAAGCACGAGAAAGUGGGGGUUCUUCCGUUGUCGGAAUUGAUGACUGUCGAGUGAUUAUUGAGGCAGCUUUCGACAGGGGCGAUGCGGAUCUUGCCCUCUCCGUGUUCGGUGCUAUGCGUUCAGGUUUCGAUCCAGGUAUGUUGGAUAAGAUUUCAACAGUAGAGAGGUGGACUUGGGCGAGACCAGAUGUACGCAUUUACGCAUUGAUGGUUCAGCGGCUAGCAGCAUUGCUACGAGUUUCUGAUGCGAUGAGGAUAAUUGCGGAUGUUUCUCGGAUGGGUGUAUCUUCUGGGGAGGAGGUUCCAUUCGGAAUGGUUGUCAGAUGUCCAAGCUGUAUGGUAGCAGUUGCUGUUGUACAGCCACAACAUGGUGUACAGUCUGCAUCUUGUUCCCAAUGUCGUUACCAGUAUGAGCUUGUUUCAGGCAACAUCAUCAACAUUGAGUCAGAAGAGAUCAGCGUUGACAUUUCACCAUGGGAGAAGGCUUUGAGAUUCCUACAGAUAAACAAAGACAGCAUUCCUGCUGCUCUGCACUCCAUUGUGAUUUGCACUCCUUCUGGUAUUGCUCGCACACAUAAGUUUGCUACUCAGACUGUCGAACUUCCUGCCCAAGAAGGAGAACGAGUUACCAUUUCCUUAGCAGCCCCACCAACUAUUUACAAAAAUAUUGGUCCAUUCAAGUUGAACACUCGACCUCCAGGAUUCAGCUCAGGAGAGCCAAUGUGUCUAACAAAUCAUAUUAAUGGAAAGAUGUCUCGGUUGCUAAGAACUCCAGCCAAGAAUGGCUCUUCAUUUUUCAUUAAUCCAUAUAUCCUGCUUCCUUCGCUUGCUCUGCUGUCUAGUGGAGAUGCUAUGUCUGCAAUUAUUGACCCCAGCCUUCCCAGACUCAUUGCAGCAGCUGCUGUUGCAUCGGUUGCUCUAGAAACUACCAUGAACAGAUUAGUUCUUCCUGAAAUGCGCAAGCUUCCUCAAAGGACGGUAGAUGUUGUUGCUCUCAAGCAGCAGCUUUUAUCUCAAUAUGAUCUUCUUCAGGCUCGAAUUAAAGAGCUUCGGCAGGCGGCUGAAAAAGAGGUUUGGAUGUUGGCGCGAAUGUGCCAGUUAGAAAACAAAAUUGUAGCCAUCGGGGAACCUUCUUAUCGUGCUCGUCGAAGUAGAGUUAAAAGGGUGCAGAGAAGCUUGGAAGGUUCCCUUUCAGGGAGGAUUGAGCUGAUUGACAGCUAUGCAAAAAUAUCUUCGAUGAUUGAAAUUGAAGUGGAAAUGGAUUCUGAUGUUCUUGCCGCUGAAGCAGUGAGCAAUGCAGAGAGCAUCGCACAACAGAUACAACAGAUUAUGGAGAUAGAAAAUCUUGAAGAGCGAUGGCGUCUACAAGCUGAGGCAAAUGACGAAGUGGAAAGGCUUCUUGGCUCUCAAGAAACAUAUACAGAACUUGUGUAAUCGUAUUCUGUGUCAGAUUAUGGUAAAUCAUCGUUGGUAGCUGCGUAGCUCAUGCUGCAAUUGCAAUUGUCAGCAACACAGGAGGAUGAGAUGAUCCCUUAUUAACGAGAUUCUUUAGGUGAAACUUAAGGGAACCCUUCACCUCAAAGUUCAAUGUACUAAGCCUUGCACAUAGAAUUCAGGUCAGUUUGUUCCAAGAGCUGUGCAUCUUAAUUUGAUUUGGGACCCCGUUAGUUGUGAUUUCUUGCAACAAUGGCGUGUUCUUUUAUGUUAUUUGCACUUUUUGUGAGCACUAAAUUCAAAUUUAGGUGUCAGAAAAGGAAAGAUUUAAAAAAAUGCCCUUCCUAAUUUUGUAACUGUCAAAGUGCCCCUGAUGAGUUUUAUAACUGUUGGUACUUCACCUUCUUGUAUUACAUCACUUCCAGCAAGUAAAAUAUCAACGUCAUUAGUUAGGGGUAAAA